GAAGAGCUUAUGCGUACGUAAACAUCAAAUAAGACACACACAGAACAUACAGAACAAAAUAACAUUGAGAAAACUCGGAGAAUAAAUGAAUGGAAAUUGAUAACUCUGGUGGAAAGUUGGUGAUGAAGUUUUAGUUAAAAAGGGAUGCCGGUUGACUGAAGAUGGCCUCCCCGACACCCUCGUUGGAAUCACGCGCAAAUUCCCUCGGCUCCCUGGUAUCACUGUCCCCGCUAACCGUUAGCGGGAGCUCACCACCAGCAAGUGAUUCGGCUAUCUGUGACGUUGACAGUUGCGAUAUCUGCCUUGACUCGGGUAAACCGGGUGACGGUACCUGUCACUGUCGUCUUGGACGUGGCGUAAGGUGCACAGGUUGUAAAUCAACAGAAUCAGACGCUGUGGCACGUUGCUUCGACUGUGCCAAUUUUCUCUGUCCAAAUUGCGUUAUGGCGCAUCAAUUUAUGCACUGCUUCGAGGGACACAGAGUCCUAAAUCUCGGUGAUUCUAAGAUGGAAUCAAGCGCUGAAUCACGAACAAAUCUCGUGAUAAGCGGUGGUAAUGGUACAAACGGUGAGAAAGCAUUAUUCUGUCCACGUCACAAGACAGAAUUGCUGAAAUACUUCUGUCGUGCUUGUACAGUGCCAGUAUGCAAGGAAUGCACAAUAACAGAUCAUCCUGGCUCGCUACACGACUGCGUUCACAUUUCCGAAGUUGGACCACAACAAUUGGAGUCGGUUGCAAGAGCAGUCGCUGAUUGUAGAGCCAAAGCAGCGGAUGUGAGGGCCGCUGUUAAAGCCGCUGACCACGGUGCUGCAAGACUUCAAGUGCAGUAUCACAAAGCACAGAAUGAGAUUAACGAUACAUUUCAAUUCUAUCGUUCAAUGCUCGAGGAACGCAAGCAAGAGCUACUCAAAGAGCUUGAAUCUGUUUUCUCCGCCAAACAGAUAUCCCUCGGUGUUGUAACGCAGAAGGCCAAUGAAAUGGCUGACAAGAUCCAACAGACGUGUGACUUUGUUGAAAAAUUAACCAAGUACACAACCAUAACUGAAGUGCUAAUGGUGAAGAAACUACUUGACUCGAAGCUACAGAUUCUUCUCAAUUACACACCCGACAUUUCCACUCAAUCAGCUGAUCUUGAAUUUGUCAGCAAUUAUCAGGCCAUUCAGGUCGGUGUUAGAAAUACAUUUGGUUAUGUACGAAGUAGCACAGACAGCAACAGUGUUGGACCGAGUAAACAGCCACCAAUAGCAAGACCAACAGCAUUAUCAAGUGGUGGCAAUAGUAGCAAUGCAAGCAGUGGACCAGGCAGCGCUGGCUCACUGGGUGGUCUACUACUUGACAGACCCUACAGCAAUGGCCUUGUAUCAAACUCAACGUGUGCAUCAACAUCGCCACCGUCAUUCGAGAGUAACGUUAUAUCCAAACGUUUUAGCUCUGUAAACAGCCUUGGUCCAUUCUCAACAACAAUCAGUGAUCUCAAUCUGAAUGGCAUGAAUAAUCCAUACGAGAAAUGGAGCAACGGUGGGAGUGAUACAUACACAGUAACCACAAACGAUCAUUUCUCAAUGACAACGACGAAUGGACCAACCGACUCCGUCCUCGAUCUUACGUCGAAGCUCAUGUCGGCUGCUGCUAUAUUCCCACCUAAAUCACAGAUCAAACGACAGAAGAUGAUAUAUCACUGUAAAUUCGGUGAAUUUGGGGUGAUGGAGGGACAAUUCACUGAGCCAUCUGGGGUUGCUGUUAAUGCACAAAAUAUCAUUGUCGCUGAUACCAAUAAUCACAGAAUUCAGAUAUUCGACAAAGAGGGACGCUUCAAAUUUCAAUUUGGCGAGUGUGGUAAACGCGAUGGACAAUUGCUAUAUCCAAAUCGUGUUGCUGCUGUACGUCCGUCUGGUGAUAUUAUUGUUACUGAACGUUCACCAACACAUCAGAUACAGAUUUACAAUCAGUAUGGACAAUUUGUACGUAAAUUUGGUGCCAAUAUACUUCAACAUCCACGCGGUGUUACUGUUGAUUCAAAGGGACGUAUUGUUGUGGUUGAGUGUAAAGUUAUGAGAGUUAUAAUAUUCGAUCAAGCUGGCAAUGUACUCCAGAAAUUUGGCUGCUCAAAGCAUCUUGAAUUUCCAAAUGGUGUUGUUGUUAAUGACAAACAGGAGAUAUUCAUCAGUGAUAAUCGUGCACACUGUGUCAAGGUAUUCAAUUAUGAGGGUGCUUAUCUGCGUCAAAUUGGGGGUGAGGGUAUAACAAAUUAUCCAAUUGGCGUUGGUAUCAAUGCAGCUGGUGAAAUACUUAUUGCUGAUAAUCACAAUAAUUUCAAUUUAACGAUAUUUACACAAGAGGGACAACUUGUGUCAGCACUUGAGAGCAAAGUCAAGCAUGCACAGUGCUUUGAUGUUGCACUUAUGGAUGAUGGCUCAGUUGUACUUGCCAGCAAGGAUUAUCGUCUUUAUAUAUAUCGUUAUGUACAAGUACCACCAAUUGGCAUGUAGAGCCGUGGAUGAUGGGCGCAGGCUCAUCGUGAGUCAACGUACAAGGGAAAAUUACAAUAUUUCAAAUCAAUAAGUGAAAACGUUGACGAUAAUUCAACAAGACAAAAGUGUGAUAAAUACAAAUCACAAUUGCAUCGUAAUUUACCAACGAUCUCAUCAGCAACUGGUAGACGUUCACAGUCUAGCUGCAACAUCGAUUAUCAUCAGGCACAUGCUGAUAACAAAGUGACGCGCGCCGCCAGGGAUACUCGUCAAGACGCCUCAUCCACGCUGUGAAUUUUUUGCCAGUGAACUUAUCUGUUUUUUUUUAUGUUCGUUUUUUUUUUUUUGUAAUUUGUUUAUUUUUCUCUUCUAACUUGAGGGGACUGAGAAUGAGUAAUUCCCUGACACACGCACAAAAAAAAAAUGUGAAGGUUUAAAUUAGAAAAAAAAAAACGAUAGGAGAGGCGGACUCGGAGACACAAACAAAAAAAAUGAAGAAAAAUAACCCGAGACAAUGAAUGAAAAACACGUACACACGCGCGAAAACUUACUUGUUAAUGUUGUUAUAACUGAAAAUACUGUUGUUGUUGUUUAGUUGUAGAGCUCGCCGCCGCUAGUCACUUUCCCCCCGAAUUCUUACCGUGUUAUUGCCCCUUCCCCCUCUCCCCCCUCCUCCCGCCGUUUUAUCCCACUUGAACAUUCCAGGGAUUUUCAAUUCAGUCUCCCACCGAAAGAGCGUCUGGUAGCGAUUUUUCGGAAUUAUGAGAAUCUGUGCAUUUCGACAGUCUCUGGAAACGACAAAAUGUUUAUCCAAUAUUAUUUUUUACUGUCAUUAAUCACCGGUAAACUGUCGUAGCGUGUCCCUAUCCAUCCAUCCCUCCCCCCCCCUGCCCCCGAUUUAUUAUUUUCUCUCUCAUCCCCCGUAACAUUUUCCCUCAUCUCGAGAGCCCUCGUGAAAACGCUGUCCAGCCACGUUUGCGUUAUAAUCCCACUGUUUUCUCAAUAUAACCACUCGUACUUUUCUCGUGUGCGCCGAGUGGGUCGAGGAGAGGACGAAGAUGAAAAAGAAAAAAAAGAAAAACCUUCCAUUCACAUUUUUUUGCAGCCCUCAACCCCUAUUUUUGAAUUUUUUUUUUCUUUGCUCCUCUCGUUUCAAAGGACGAGCAUAAACACGGAAUGAAGGUCAAGACUCUUGACCCAUCCUGAUUUACGUUGUUUUCAUUAUAAUGCUCAUCGUCAUGUAACGAGUUCCUAAGACGCGCGUCAAUCGUUGGGUAGUCAUCGAUUUAUUAUUUCCACUGAAUUAUUUUCGUCCAGCGAGCGACGAAGGCUGAUCGUUGAUUUCAUUUAGUUGAUCUAUUCAAUUCCCCUGAUAUAUGAUUAGUUGUUUAUUGAUAAUAUUAUUCGAUCAUUAUUUUUUAAUGUGUUAUACCUCGGACGAGAGCGCCCUCGAAUGCUGAUGAACAGCCCUCGUUUGCUGAGACUUGUAAUUUCUCCAUUUUUUUUUUUAAUUUUUAAUUUUGCAUUUAGAUGGUAAAGACGAGAUGGACAAUGUCCAAUCAACAAAGUAGUGGUUUUUUUCUCUCUAUCUCUAUUCUUUUUUGAACUAUUAUCUCUUUUGUAAGUUUCACUUUAGUCUUCAGUGCACAAGUCCCACGUGACAUUCUAGUUUUUUUCAGGAUUGUUUUAGUCAUGUGGGAGUGAUGGGGAGACGAUCUGGCUGAGUUUGAGUAGUUUUUCAUUUAAAAUUGACCAAAAAUUGUUUUCUGAUUGAUCAACUCUUCCUGAUGCCUCUUCGGUUACUCCUCACCGUGUGCUUAAUUAUUUUUUUAUUCCCCCCCAGGGCCGAUGAAGGCCCGUUUGUUUGAUUGUUUUAUUUUCCUCACAAUGUAGUUGGGAGGCUGGGGCACAGUGGACACUUGAGAUAUUUUUUUAAUGCCCAUAAGGCGGGAAUUAAUUGAUUAGUUGAACCAACAAUUAUUCCGACUCAUCAACAAUUGCACUGGGUUUUGUAAGAAAUUGUAAGAAAUUCUGAAGUGUCCGUUUUGCCCCGGCGUCGCCUAUUGUAGUUGGUAGAUCGUAGUGGAAUUGAGAUGAAAUGCGAGAGGAUUAAGUAACAUUUAAGGAAUUCUCCAAUUAUUUUUCUCUCCCUGUUAUCAAUUGUAUUAUUACUCCUUGCCCGUCAAUUAUCAUUCAACGCGACUGCUGACCACUAUUCGUAUUUAGAAUGACUUUUUUUUAAUUUCAUUAUGAAUUUUGUUUUGUUCGAUUGAAUUUUUUAGUAUACAUUACGAUUUAACUUGUCUAAGACACCGAUUCAGGAAUGAAAUAGUAUGUGUUGAGGAUAGAUAAGAAAGAAUAGGACUUUGGUUGAGUGAAACGUCGUUAGGUAGUAUUUUUUAAUUUCUCACACAAUUUUUUUUUUUUUUUUUCAAAACAAUUGAACGAAAAUAAAAAUGAUGAAGAAAUAGUAUUAAUAUAUUUUGUUGGAUGAGUCGAGUGAACUGAGCGACAAGAAUAUGAUAUGAAAGUUUUGGUUUGUUUAGACUUCAUGCAUGUUUAAAACAAUUUACAAUCAUUAAUUAUUGUGUAUUUUUUAUUGUAUUAGUAUUAUUAAUUAUUGUAUUAUUUUAUUAAUUUCACGAUCAAUUGUGUCACUGCCCCAAAAUUAUUGGUGUCUUUGAUUUAAAAUUGAGGAAUUGAGUAAAUUUAGUUGGUGAAAAAUAGUUGAAAAUCCUAGGGUUCAAUCAAUAAGACUGCCGAGGCUAGCUGGCAAGAGCAGUGAUGAAAAAUAGGUCUUUUAUUUGGUAUUUUCACACAAAUCUUUAUUCUCUGAAUUCAAUAGUUUUACUUGAAGGGAGCGAGGAAAUCAAUGCCGACUAUCAAAGAUAAAGUUGAAAGAGCUCACUUUAUUUUUGUCAUUUUGAGUAAAGUAUGGCAAUGUUUUUUUUUUCCGUCACCCAAGAUUAUUUCCCUUUCUUUUUUCAAUCCCGAGAGUCCCGAGUCGACGUGCGACCUCGAUUCAGGACGCUCGAGUGAGUGAGUCAGACGACCGGAAAAUUUCAAAUCUCUUUUUCCCCCGAGUCCCUUCGGGGGCCCUGAUUUUUUUCCAAUACUUUAUUCACAAGUGAUGAGUUUCUGUUCAUUGUUGCAAUCUCAGUAUCUCCCAUUGGUGACCGAUUAGAAGUAAAUUUUUGAUGAAAAUUCUCAUGUACUUACGAAAUGAAGCAGAAUCUGGUUUAUAAAGGCACUUUAUCAGGUCCAGUGACACCAUUUUGUACAUAAAUUAUUGAAUCAAAUACUCUGAUUUACAUUAAUUAUCAUUAUAUCUAUGAUUAUUUCUUUUUCACGCGUGUGUGUUGUGUGCAUAUGAGUAAUAUUUGUUUAUUUUCACUCCAUGACCUCAAAUUAUUAAUUAAAAUGAAAAACAAUGAUUAAAUUUCUGAUUAUCAGUCGAUUACGAUUGUUACUGUAUUAGUUAAUUGCACCAAAGUGGCGUUAAACAAGCAUUAAAGAUAAUUCGGUAAUUUAUUUAUUCAGCGGUUAAGUAAUUGAUGGAACAUUAUGUUUUACUGGUGUUUUGAGUUCAUGAAAGUGAGUAGUGUAUGGGGGGAGUAAUUGAUAGUGAAUUAAUACAACAAUUUGUCAAUAUUUUCAAAUUUAUUUUAGGGAAUAAUUAUAAUUCAGGGGGGGGAGGGGAUUGCUUGGAAAUUCCUUGACAGCUCGUUCUUAUUCCAAUUGAAAUUCCUACUGAUAAUGAGAUGAAACGUUUUAUUCCUGUACUUUAGUUUUUAUACUCGAUGAACGACGUGGGACUGCCCUCGGCUCUCUCUCUCUCCCCCUCGAGCAAACGUGAUUUUUUUUCAUUAACAAAAUAAACGUAAUGCAAAACGUAGAGAAUAAAUUCACCAUCAAUUACAAGCGAUGAUUAAACUCAAUGUAACAAUCAUUAGUGAAAUUUCUCAGCGCCAGCUAGCCAUCGAGACAUCAGCCCGUGAUUAAAAUGGGUUGGCGAUAGACAAAAAAAAAGACAAAACAAAAUACAAAAAUUAAGAUAAUUUUUCGAUAAUUAAUUCAACAAAAGAAGAAGAACAUUAGCGUUGUUCAGUAAUUAAUAUAAAUGAAAAGAAAAUUAAGAAAAAAACAAAACAACGAAAACCUCUCUUUCAACUUCAUUUUUUUGUACGGUUUGUUAUGUUAUUAUUUUUAAUGGAUACAACCGAAUUGUUCUUAAUUUAAAAAUGUAAAUCGUAUUUUUGUUUGUUUCUUUUUUUAGUUAUUUUUUUGUUGUAAAAUGCUUUUUAAUAAUAUUUUCAGUUCAUAUUA